AAGUUAAAUUAACAGUAGCUUUUAAACGUCAAAUUAAUUGAUGAUAGUCAGCACACGUCUUGUAUUUUUUUUGUUAAUAAAAAACUGAAAAGUACAUUAAUUUCAUACAUACUGUUUCUAUUUGUAUAUUUUAUAGUAUAGGCUACUGUUUGGUAUGGUGUUGUAGACAUUUCCUACAGCACUUGAUUGUAACACAACACAUGAAACGUGCUCUUGGCCGCGCCCCUUGAUAGUAGGGCGGGGAGAAGCAGUUGUUUGGUUUAUGUUGAUGUCAAAAAGUUACACAAGCGAGAGAUGAGGUUUUACAACAGGACGGUUUCACAACAGUAAACGAGGCUUCACGCCCACAUUCACCGGUCAUACCCGAGCUUUCUUUAGGAGGAUUAUUAGCUUACAGGGGAAAAAAAAAAAAAAAUAUAUAUAUAUAUAUAUAUAUAUAUAUAUAUAUAUAUAUAUAUAACAUUCAAUCCGUGUCAGUGGGGGAAUCAUUUGACAGACACGUCCACGCCUUCUCUCUCUGGACACUAACCGUGAAAGAAACACUUUUUGUCCUUUUUCAUAAAGCUCUUUGAGUGCCGAGUGAUCAGAAAUGAUUGGGAAUACACCGGUGUUUUAACGUGAUCGUCUCGGUCGUCGCAAACAAGUAGCCCACCGCCGUCUAUCUGCCUGGGCCACUAUCGAAAGCUCCGCUGCGUUUACACCGCUCACAUUGGGGACAGUUGUGAAAUCUUCAUUUACUAAACAAACAUUUCAGCUAUGGAGUUGAGUUCGGUGAUUUUAACGACUGGAGGCUCCUUCGGAUUUUUCAGACUUGUCAACGCUGGGGUCAGAAAACUCCCCAUGCCUGAAUCUGCCCGCAGGAAUGCAUGGAAAUGGAGAAAUAUCUCUACAUCCUUUGUGCACAGUUUUAUCACUGCGAUAUGGGCAGUGCUUUGCUUUUACCGUCACCCACAGAUGGCUGAAGAUUUGAUAGAAACUCACUCUGUGUUUUCUCAUGCUUUGGUGUCGUUUUCGAUCGGUUACUUCAUCUAUGACUUCUUUGACAUGGUGGUGUACCAGAAGUUGAGUCAGUCCUGGGAGCUUCUCUUUCAUCACUUGGUGGUGAUCACCUGCUUCGGCCUCUCUGUGCUGUCUUGCCGCUACGUGGGCUUUGCCGUGGUGGCCCUGUUGGUGGAGAUAAACUCGGUGUUCCUCCACCUCAGGCAAACCCUGCGUAUGGCCAACAUCGCCACAGGCACGCUGUACCGGGUCAACAGCAUGAUCAACCUGGGCACAUAUGUGGUGUUCCGCAUCAACACGCUGGCCUGGAUGACCCGUUGGCUGGUGCUCAACAGGGACAAAGUGCCCCUCUUGGCCUACACGCUGGGCAGCGUGGGUAUGGCCAUCAUGACGGCCAUGAAUAUUGUCUUGUUUUAUCGGCUACUCAGGAGCGACUUUUUGAAGAGCAGCACCCGGGAGACCAAGAAAGAGAAGGAGAUGUAGAGAGGAGUGGAGGAAGGGACACAAGAAGGAUUAGAUUCAUAAACACACCCGUUACUGUAUGCUGUCGCCCUGUGGCUGAUGUUUGGUACCGUUUUGCUUGCGUGUGAUAUACUCAAAGCUGGGAGAUGAGAGGGAUCGUUCUAUCCCUCAUACUGCACGAGUACAUGCAUACAAGGUGUAAUCAUUUGGCCUUACUCGAAACACAGAUCACACACAUUAUACUAAAAAAAGCUACAUUUAGUUGUAGUUUCUGUACGUGUGUGUGUGGUCCAGUCAUCCUCAAGUGCCAUUAGUGGCUAACUAAUGUUAGAUGAAGGAUUCUUCAUAUGAACAAUGUAAGGCCUUGUAAAACAACACCAAAUGCUUUAUUGUCUCACAGGGUGUUUCAGCUGUUUUAAAAUCUAGCUUAUGGUAAGUGAAGACGCACUGUCUUCGUAAAACGAACCCACCAACACUCAUAUAUACUUACAUAGAAAACUUUGUUCAUAUAUAUUAUAUACAUAUUAUACUGUUGUGGGUUAUUUAAAAUAACGUUUAUUUACCACUGAGUAAAAUUGUAUCUUUUUUUCCCACCAAAACUCCUCAACUAAAAAACACACCUGCUACCUCAGAAAGCUUGUAACAAUUAUCUGCCUCUUUAUUACACAAGCUUUGCUCUCAGUGUUUGGCAGGUUCAUUGUUAUUAGAGAAGAAAAAUGUAAGGAAGAAAAUACAUUUAAAGAUUAUAUUUGUCUGUAGAGGAAGGAUAUCCAGCAAAUAACCCUGACUUAGGGAGCGAAAACGGUGAUGAAUAACUACUAAAUAUUUUGAUGUGGCAUUUAAAUAAAACAGAUUAGAUUUUACUUUGAUGACACAAAACAGCAUGAUAUUUGGUAACUAAACAAUUGUUGCCAUUUUAUGCUAUGCCAAAUUGUAUUAAAACAUCUAGGGAAAAGAAUUUAUACAGGCAUGAACAAAUUGGCGAUAAAUCAGUCAUAGCAGGCUUUACAUUCAUUAUAAUUACACUGUGUAACCCUAAUCCUUAAAACAGCUUGUGCCCCUCUGAUCUGAUUGGCAAACGGUACUGUUCACCAAUCAGGUCGUUGUGUUUGUAGAACAAAACAAAAUUAAGUAGAUUCUGAUCGAUGGGCUCACAACCUCCAAUCAGCCAACGGCAAUGACAUUGGUGUCCAAGCAGCAGUCAGUGAGGUUGUCAGACAGCUCAGCUGGCUGCUGUAUUUGUGAGUUACACUUGAAACCUGUAGAAUGACAGGAAAACAAAACAAGCUAAACGACAAUAUAUAGUGCUGCAGUACAAACUGACAUUAACGUUUUCAUGGUUUGAAUGUACUCCUUUAGUUGUCCGUGACGGUGUAUAGUCUGCAGUAGGAGCUUUCAGGCAGGCUGAAGUUGUUAUUCUUCAUUUGGCCAGUGGAGGACAGCACACUCCUCAACAUCACCUCAGUGGUCUCAACACAGACACCAGAGAUGUCUUUAUUUUCCUGAGGUCGGUGUUACAACAAUCAUGUCUGAGAUCUGUGAAUACAGCAAACAGUUAUACACACGGCUGCUACAAGGGUGCCUACUCUUACCGCUCACAUCAUAGCAUUACAGUCCUUAUAUGGCAUGGAAAUAUUUGAUGCCAUUUAUGUUUUGUGUUGUUGCUUUUUUUUGUGUAUAUUCAUCAUUUGGGAGGUAAAUUGUGCAUAUUUGUAAUUUAUUUGUACUAAAAAGAAGUUGUGGAUUAAAGAUAAAAUGAACGUAAUGUUCAAUGACUUUCCCUGUUUAGAAAAACACUUGAUUAUAGUGAAGCUGAUAUGCUUGUGUAAGACAUGUUACUGUGUGGCAUUGUGCCGCUUUGGAUCUUAAAGUUAAUUUUUUGGGUCGUUUGUUUUCCCAGCUAAUAUUUUAAUUACCCAAUAUCUACAAGGGCAAGCUGAUAGUCCUCUCAGCUUGAAAGUGUUCAUGUUCAAGCCCUAAAAUCAGGCUUUUCAACCAUAUUACAAACGCAGCCACGUAUUCAGCGAUCAGACACAAACCUACUGUACUUGGCUGGAGUGGAAGGAAACAUCAAACACAAAUUGUAAACUUAAUAUCUGUUGUGAGCACUUAAAUGCAGCCAAUUAAGUGACACAAACAGUCCCCGAAUUCAACUCUUUGUCCAUGUUAAAAUCAAGACAUCACUGCACUAAAGAAAUGGCACUGUUUGAGAGGAAGACAGUAAAGUUUGGAUUAUUGUUGUUGUGGCUGAUUCCCAGUUGAUUGACUUUUGAGUAACUCCCUUUUUGAAUUUUUAUUAUGAAUUUGGAUUUGCUUUUUUUUUUGUUUAGGCAUCUUAACUUUGUGGUUGUAGUGAAGACAAUUGAUGACAACUGAAGUUCUUUCUAACAAGCAAGCUAAUAUGUUUGUGAAUGUGUUGUAUAAAGCUGUAAUGUUAUUGGAAUUUUACAUGUUCGAUACCAGAUUUGUUCAUUAUGUUGCCGUGGGCUUUUAGGAAUUGUGAUAAAACAUAGCAGCCAAGUCGAGAUGCUUCCUCAUAUCAGUGUUGUAAUGACACAAAGACAAGCUACUGUGCUGCCCUCCACACUGAAAUUCCUGCUCUCUUUGCUACCUUCAUGGCUUAGAUUUCAAGCGAUGAUGGUCAUAAGGCCGCAGGAUGAUGCUAUGGUUUUAUAUUUGUGGGUAGUGGACACAAGGAAAACUGUUUCAGGAUGUAAUUGCAGAGAAAGUGGUAGCAGUUAUGAACUCGUAUUGCCACACUGCCUCAUAUUCCUCAUCGUAUACAAUCAAUGUGGUGGUUGACUGCAUCCUCAUCUUUUUUAAUAGCUCCAUUAUUAGAGAAUAAGAAAAUACCAGUUUCCUUAUUACAACCACCAAAUACUACCAGUUUUAUUUCCCUGUUUACUCAUUUAUAGACUUUUUUCUGGUGAUUGGUGAAAUAUUGUCCUUUGUUAAUUAUAAAAAAAAUUUAAUUCAUAACACUGACACUGUGUAGCUUGUUAAGGACUUAUAAACCCUUCAAAAAGUGGAAAAAACAUUGAAUACUGAAGCCACCGAGACCAACUGAGGUUGUGAAAGCAAAAUCAUCUGCUUUUUCUGAGCAUCAAACUCCCCUUUCACAGAAUUAUGUCUUUAAAGUGUAAAUAAAUAUUUUUUCAUGUUUUAGCAGAGAUUGUUUUGUAAUUAAAAUCUAUGUGUUUAUAUAGUAACAUUUGUUUAACGUGAAAAUAAAUAUCAAAGCAAUAAA